AUUGGAAAAAAAUUAUCGCCUAACCCUAACCUGUUACCCAUGUUACGUUCCGAUGUCCGCCAUCUUGGUUCGCAUACUUCGGGAGCACCGAAUGUAAUCUUAUUAUACUUAGCUGUUGUUGGUGCUCUUUAUAUUUUUCAUUGAAAACUUUUACUCAGACUAGGCGACUACUAUCAUUAGAAGUCCGAAUUUGAACCCAGUUUGAAAAGCAAUGAUUUAGUCAGCAUAUAAUUCCAGUUCCAAGAUUUUGUACAUUUAAAAGAUUUUGUGUUCAAAAGAAAUUGUUUCAUUAGAGUUUGGUGUCUGUUAAUGUUGCUUUUUAUUUUCCCAGUUCCUAAUUCUAAUACAAACUAUUUUCGAUAUAAAAUAACCAAAAUGGCAUGGGAGGCUCCGUUUGGAAUUAUGCUGCAUGACGCUUACUACGAUGUGAUGGAUAAAUUGUCGAACAACCAAUGGUUUGAAUUCGCACGAAUAUGUCUUGAUCUUAAAAACCAAAUCGAUGACAUAACAAAGGAUUACGCUACUAGUGGAAUACGAGAACAAAAAUAUCAAAUGUGUAGAAUAUGGGAAUCGAAACUCGGCAAAUUUGCGUCUGUUGAACAUCUUUAUGAUCUCUUGAACUACUUUCUGAGGCCCAAGGAAUAUCCAAGUAAGCCGACACCUAUGUUACAACCCCAAGCAGGGAUGCCAGAAAAGGUGAUGCUGUAUUGCUCAAGAGUUGGAAAAAUUGAAGUCGUCUUUACUGAAAAUGAAGAGAAAAAAUCCAGAAAAGAAUUUCUAUCAGCUUACGAGAAAAAGUACGGAAAAGGCAAGGUUAUUAUCUUCAAUAAUGAAAACUUUAUGGGGACUUAUACAUGCAGAAAGGGUUCCAAAGUUGACGUUGAAAACAUGGAACGUCUUUGGAAAGAUCUUGGAAACGAGGUUACAAUUUUUUUGGAUUUAACUGCAGAAAACAUGAAAACUGAAAUGGAGAAUUUCGCAAAAAAUACCUCGAAAAAUUAUGAUUAUUUUGCAGUGAUAGUUUCGUCGCAUGGAAAUUCUGAAAAAAAUCUAGAUUAUAUUCUUGGCACUGAUGAAAAAGAGUUGAUGUUAGGUGAGGUUUUGGAUAUUUUUAAUAACAAAAAUGCCCCAGAAAUGAUUGGGAUUCCAAAACUUCUCUUUUUUCAAACUAGUAGAGGGAUGUACCUUGACCAUGGAUGCCUAAUAUCUGAUUUGGAACAAUUGGAAAUAGAAGACGGUGGUGAAAUGAAAACAGAGCCCACCCCGGAAAAUAAAAGUGUUCCCAUUGGAAAAUCUGCAAAAAGUGAUGAGGAGAAAGGCAAAAAAAGCAGUAAGGAGAGGGUUAUUUCUGCAUCCGGUCAUGUUACAAAAAAGUACGAGGAACUGCAAACUGCUAGUCAGCCUGAUUCUGCAAAGUAUUUACCAACUGUUUCGGACAUGUUGGUGUGCCAUUCCACCAUUCUUGGGUACCAUUCAUUCAGAAAUUCACUCAAUGGUUCUUGGUUUCUUAACGCUGUAACUAACGUCUUCAUGAAACAUGCAAGAAGUGAACAUGUUGUUGACUUGAUGGUCAAAGUUAAUGAAGCAAUGGCAGAAAACAGCUCAAUGGCUCGAGAUCCUAAACUCUCCAAUUGCAAAUGUAUGUCAGAGUUUCAAUGCACAUUCAGGAAAAGGCUGUAUCUGUUGAAUGCUGGCGAAAAGAAAUAAUUUCUAUCACAUUUGAGUUUGUAUAGAUUGCCACUGAAGACUUUACUUCAUUAAGAAUAAAUAUUCUAUCUACACUUGU